GUUGAGUGAGUGAGUAUUUUGGGGUGAGUGUGUGUCACUGAGGUGGGAGGGCCAGUUUUGUGCUGUAUAAAUACGGAACUGUGAUGGACAUUGAGCACGAAAAGAAGACUGUUAAGCAGCAACGUUUAAUAGACGAGGAAAGACAUCUGCAAUGGCCAACAACAAGGGUUUGAUUACUGGUGUGGAUCUGAGAAGUAAUGAAAACAACUUGGCUCACCACACCAGGGAGAUUGAUCGGGAGCGCUUGAUUGUCCGUAGGGGUCAACCCUUCUCCAUAGCUUUGCAGUGCUCUGACUCUCUGCCCCCUGAACACUACCUGGAACUGGUCCUGCACCUUGGUAAGAAAGAUGAGGUGGUGAUCAAAGCUCAGAAGGAGCGUGGGGCUGGAGACAAGUGGUGGUUUAAUCAGCAGGGAGCACAGGAUGAAAUACUGCUGACUCUGCACAGUCCAGCAGACGCUAUCAUUGGCCAGUACCAUCUGGCUGUAUUGAUGAUGUCACCUGAUGGACACAUUUUAGAAGAGACUGACAAAAUUGGAUUCCACCUGCUGUUUAACCCAUGGUGUAAAGAUGAUGCUGUGUACCUCCCUGAUGAAAGUCUGCUCCAGGAGUAUGUUAUGAAUGAAGAUGGAGUAAUUUACAUGGGGGCCUGGAAUAACAUCGGAAGCAUUCCCUGGAAUUAUGGACAGUUUGAGGACAAUGUGAUGGACAUCUGUUUUGAAGUACUGGACAACUCCAAGCAUGCCCUGAAGAAUUCAAAGAUGGACAUUGAGAACAGAUUUGACCCCGUCUAUGUCGGCAGAAUGAUCACUGCAAUGGUGAACGCUAACGGUGACAGGGGUGUGUUGGUCGGUCGCUGGCAUGAACCAUACUCUGAUGGAGUGGCACCGCAACGAUGGACCGGCAGCGUGCCGAUCCUCCAACAGUGGAGCAAUGACGGGGUCAAAGCAGUCAAAUACGGCCAGUGCUGGGUGUUUGCUGCAGUUGCCUGCACAGUGCUGCGCUGUCUGGGAAUCCCAACACGCCAAAUCACUAACUUCGCUUCAGCCCAUGAUACUGAUGGAAACCUCUCUGUAGACUUCCUCCUGAAUGAAAAACUGGAGAGCUUGGACAACCAUGAUAGUAGCUGGAACUUCCACUGUUGGGUUGAGUCCUGGAUGAGGAGAGAUGAUCUCCCUGAGGGGAAUGACGGUUGGCAGGUUUUGGACCCCACCCCUCAAGAACUGAGUGAUGGUGAGUUUUGCUGUGGCCCAUGUCCAGUGACAGCCAUCAAAGAGGGAAAUCUGGGAGUGAAGUACGACGCUCCGUUUGUCUUCGCCGAGGUGAAUGCUGACAUCAUCCACUGGAUUGUCCAAUCAGACGGCCAACGGCUGAAGAUCACAGUGGACGACAGCAGCGUGGGGAGGAACAUCAGCACCAAAAGUGUUUAUGGCAACCACAGAGAAGAUGUCACACUGCAGUACAAAUACCCUGAAGGCUCUGAGAAGGAGAGAGAGGUGUAUGAGAAGGCAGGACGCCGGGUCACAGAGCCGAAUGAUGACAGCACAGAAAAGAGGCCACUGCAGCUGUCAGUCAAGUAUCCCAACCCUGUAUUUGGGACAGACUUUGAUGUGAUUGUUGAGGUGAAGAAUGAAGAGAGCAGUGAUAUCAGUGCUCAGCUGACCAUUGUGGCCAAGGCUGUUACCUACAACUCUCUCAGUCGGGGGGAGUUCCAGAGGCAGACGACCAAUGUGACUGUGCCAGCUCAUCAAAUCCACAAGGAGGUGCUACGUCUGCACUAUGACGACUAUGUCAAGUGUGUCUCUGACCACCAUCUGAUCAGGGUGAUGGCAUUCUUAGAGGCUCCAGGAGAGAACGAACCCAUCAUGACCAUGGUCAACAUCCCACUGAGCAUGCCUGAACUCCUCAUACAGGUGCCUGGGAAGGCUAUUGUAGGAAAGGAAGUGACAGCCUACAUCUCCUUCACCAAUCCUCUCCCUGUCCCACUGAAAGGUGGUAUGUUCACUGUGGAGGGGGCCGGUCUACUGUCUGCCUCUGAGAUCCAUGUUGAUGGUGAUGUUGCUCCAGGCCAGAAGGUAUCUGUCAGCCUAUCCUUCUCGCCCACGAGGGUCGGAGUGAGGAGGCUCCUGGUGGACUUUGACUCAGAUAGGCUGAAGGAUGUGAAGGGAGUUGCGACUGUGGUUGUCCGCAAGAGAUUCACGAUUCUCGGUUUCCCGUUUGAGCUCUGAAACUGACGCAUCUUAAAUUCUAAGAUAAUGUGAGAGGAGGUGCCUUGUUUGAAUGUUAAAGAAUGGGACCUGAUGAAAGUAGAGCAUAAACAAGGUGACUGCCAAAAUGAAAUCAGUGGCUAAGUACUGUAAAAGUGAAGUGUAUAAUCAGAUUAGGUUUUUUUUUCACCCCUUUGUCCAAGUCACCACUGGUUUUCAGUCCCUGACUAUUAAAUGGAGUGAAAACCAUCAGAGGCCUCAGUCAUGUGGAUUUAAAAAUGAUUCUAUAUGCUUUGGUAUUGUUUAGUAUCUGAUCAAAGAAAAUCUGUUCUUGUGUGUUUUGUCUCUGAAUUAUCUUUUUUGCACUAUUUUCAGUCCCAUUUUAGCCAAAGUAUGAUUGGAGAAAACUAUGAUUUUUGUAAGAUUAUUAUUAUUUAAUCCUAAUAUUUAUUAAUUUUUAUAAUGAUUCAACAUCUUCAAGCUGAUAUGAAACUAUGGACAGUCUGCUUUCAAUAAAGAUUUUUUUCACAGUUA